AUGGACUUGAUCGACGAGAUACUGGAUAACGUAAAGACGAUCGCGGUGGUGGGGUUGUCGGACAAUCCGGCGCGCGCCAGCCACGGCGUGUCGGCGUAUAUGCAGGCGCAAGGGUACCGCAUUAUUCCGGUGAAUCCGGCGCUGAAGGGCGCAGCUGUGCUGGGCGAGCAGUCGUACGACGAUCUGGAAUCGGCGCUGGCAGCCGCGCAGGCGCAGGGCGUUGCCAUUGACCUGGUGGACGUAUUCCGGCGCAGCGAACUGGCGGGCGAAGUUGCCGACGUCGCGGUACGCAUCGGAGCCAGUUACAUCUGGAUGCAGGACGGUGUGGUGGAUGAGGCGGCAGCGGAGCGGGCACGCACCAGGGGCGUGGGCGUAAUUAUGGACGACUGCAUUCUGCGUCAACAUAAGCGCCGGCGGGGUUCCGGGAUCGCCAGUUAA